AUCUAACAUCUGUUUUGUCAGGUCAAGUUAAGUUAGGAUCAUUGUUUACAUGGGAUGCGCAUGGUGCUAGUCUGCAUAAUCUCAAAGUUCAAAAAGCGCAAGAGGAAUAAAAAUGAGUGAUAGUUCUAAUCCCUGGGGCAUUUUGGAUAUUCCGGAUGAAGUAUUGUUAGAAAUUAUUGGAUACUUGAAUGCCAGGGAUAUGCUGCUGCUCAGUAAAUCAUGCAAACGAUUCCACAGCCUUGUAUUCGAUGAAAAAAAAUCAUUGAGGGACUUGGAUUUUUCCGAAGAAGGCUUUCUGAACUCAAUUUCAGACGUGCAACAAUAUUUUAAUAACAAAAAGAAGUACGAGCACAUACGUAAAAUAAAUGUCAGUAACAUGUACUACACAAGAUCAGGAGAGAUGUUGAAUAUUAUUGGAAGAGCAAGAAAUCUAGUCGAGGUCAACAUCAUUGGACUAAAAUUCAUAGAUGUCAUGCAGUUGGCAUUAUUUUUGUUGCCUAUGAAAUGCCUUAAAAUUUUAUCUAUCGAUUGGCCCACAUCCCCAAUCGACAAUAGACUAUGCUGUGAAAUGUUAGAGAUACCAUUCAAUAGACUAACCAAAUUAACAAUGACACUUUGUGAUGUUGAAUACAAAACAACGCUGAUUCAUGCGUUAGAACUAUGUCAACAGUUGCAGGAGUUACGAUUAUUACAGAGAAAUGAAAAUAUUUUACCCAGAGAAGGGGACCCCUGGCUACCUGAACCCAAAAAAUUAGAAAACCUUCGAAUAGCUGCUUGCUGUGGAAGCGACACAGAAUUUUUGCGAAGAAUCAUUGUCGAUAUGCUUCCAAAUCCUGAACAGUGGGCCAAAUUCCAACCCUAUGAUGCUGCGAAUACGCGUUACUUCUAUUUUGAAAAAAAUGUAGAGGUAUCGCAGAACCUUAGAGCAAAAGUACUGAUGGAUUUCAACCCCUUCACUCAAUCUCUUCAGAAAGUUGGCUGGUUUCUGUUUUUUGAAUGUUUGCUGAGAGAAGUCAUCGAAAUCACCAACAGCCACGAAGCCCCAAAGACAUUUUGCAGCUUAUCCAACUCUACGAUUGACUAUUUGUGUUUAUUGAAGAUCAACGAGGCUAAGCAACUACUAAAAAAUCCCAGGCAUCAAAUUCAUUAUUUAUAUUUGAGCCAUAACAUUGAACCAGAAUGUGAUGUGCAUUUAAUUGGAUCAGCGUUUCCAUGUCUGACUAAACUCAUACUAAGUAACAUAGUAAAAAACAAAGUAACAAGUCAAAAGGAAAGCGAUCGUCAUAGCGAACUGGCCUUAAAAAAAAAACGUACAUCCCUUGUGAAUGACGCGGAAACACCAGAUUUGAAUUCAUCUUUUGCAAAGCUCGUAAAAAAUACUCCGCAUCUAACAGACCUGACACUAAGCGCAAGCACACUAAGAGAAAGUGAAUAUUGGGAUUUAACCGCUCUGUAUCUAAUCAGCGGUUGGAAGUACCUCACAACUUUACAUCUGGCGAACCUGCCGAUCAGAAGCGGUAAAUUUCUUAUUGAAAUAGGAAAACAAUGUAAAAAUUUGGAGAAAUUGAAGCUUGAAAAUUUGGGUCAUCGUGGUGCCUGCUGCUACAAAAAUGAACUACAUCAAAUGCUACCUCAUUGUCUUAAUUUGAAAGACUUUUCAAUUCAACAAGACAACUUAGGCCAAGCUUCUACGAUAUUUACUAUGUUCGAAAAAAAUAGCAAACUUAAAAGAGUUUGUAUCAAAAGUCUAGGUACUGGUAAUUAUACCACUAGGGACCUGGUAUUGCCCAUAAAAAAUCUAGUACAGUCGUGUGAGCUGGUUUUAUUUAUAUAUGAAAUCCAAGGAAUCACUCAAGCAUGUUGCGAAAAACUCAAGACCGUUUUACAGAGAUCAAAGCUUGAAUUGCACCGCCCAAACUUUCAAUUUGAAAUUAUCAGAUGGGAUUCCGGGUAUAGUGUUCAUCAGAAACCUGCACGUAAUUUUAAUUUACAUUUCGUACACAAAGACUUGCUUCUACCAUAUCGCUUUACUGAUUCAUUGUACAGACUGGAUUGUCUAUAAUAUAUAUGCCACUCUGUUUUGUACCUUCGCUAAAAUGUAUUUAUCUUUUUCAAUAACGU